AUGGCGGAUCUCCAGUCUGCUAUUCUCCGCGACUCCCGCAAACCUGCCCGCUCACGGAGAUUUCCUGACCCAGAUCCCUGGCUUAUCAGUGCGCUUCACACAUCCACUCUGCGCCUUGACCCCCUUAAUCGUCUGCCGCGCUUGCUCGUCCCGGUGGACGCCAUCUGUAUGUUCACCAUUCUCCACACUUGUUCCCGACCCUUAGUGGCCCGGUUAACAGGAGCAGCACGAGCUAAGUGA